CUCCUUGCCUACAGCGAGCAGAGGAAGUGACGUACACGAGCGGCGUCCUUUGCGGCAGGACGUUGCAGGAAGUGCCGUCCUGCGGCGUUUCCCGUGGCGAUGGUCGGCGUCGGGGACCGCCUCUCUCUCCCAGCGGCCAGGCAUGUUCCUGAUGGGAGCUGUCCUCUCACGCGGCACUGCGGUCCCGUCGCUCGUGAGUUGGUGGCGGCUCCAACUAUGCUGCCCAAGCCUCUGAGGAGGUUUGAGCCGUGCUCUGCCCGGAGGUGGAUCUGGCCGCGUCGGAACCCAGUGGAAGGGCUUGUCUGCGUGUUUCUUCCGAAUCACAAUAUGUCUUUUACACUGAAGUAGAAGCUUCUUGAGAAAACACCAGUCACAUAUAUAAAAGAAAUUUGGUAAAUGAAUUUUUAUUCAGAUUUGAUAAAUGCACUUUAAAUUCUAUACAUCAUGCAGAGGUAGAAUUAUUCAUAACUGCUCUGCUCUAUUUUGCUCUGUUUAUGUUGUGUUUUAUCUCCAUUUGGUGUGCCAGUAUUAUCUACAACUCAGUGUGAUGAAACCAUUGAAAUUUUAUGGGACCUUCAAGAUUACGUGGUGCCCCUUUAUUUUACACGUAAAGAACUGACAGAGAAGCAAAGUAACUUCUGCAGCUAGUUUGAGGGACAAAGGGGAACCAUGGAUUCUCACAGUCCUCAGUCCUUUGCUGUACCACCACCCCCAAUCUUAGUCCGUCCUCUUUCAAAAUUAUUGAUCAUUCCAGUUCUCUGUCCUCAUGGUAGCAUCAUACUCUUGGUUUCUGAAUCUUUGCUCUCAAACCUUUGAGCACUCUCCUCUGUCAUCAUUGUCACCAUCCCCACCCAACCUUGGUGGCAGUCUCUUUUAUCUAAAGCUAUCAAUUUCUGUUCAUGCCAUCUAAAGUAGCUUUGUACUGUCGUUACAGGCCUCCUGUUGCCACUACUACACUUUCCUUUGUUAUUCAUACCCUAAAUCACACAAUAUACAACAACUCAAAAGUCUAGAAAUAAUUACAGUGAACUACAACAUCCUCACAUUCUGAGCAUCUUUGUUAUAUCAAAAUAAAUGCUUCUGGGCUUUUCCUCCUCCCACCUGUACUGCAUGUGAUGACAUACUGAACUUAUUAUAGCCAUCCUCAGGAUCCCAAAUAGUUCUCCAUUUCCUUUAGCAACAAGUCUAAAGUAAAAUCUUUCCAUUGACUACGGCUUCCAUGUAAUUAAUUUUAUUUCCCUCCAGUGCUAUACACCAUUUCUCUGCCCCAUCAGGCCAAAAUCAUUGCCUUGCUUCUCUUUCUCUGCCAUUGGCAAUCACUUCCUUCUUGGAAAAGCUCCAUUUCCCAUCCAUUAACCAGCCUUUUUCUAUCUUUCUACCCUGGAAGAACCAUUGAAGUCAUUUUUAUGUCUCAGAAAACCCUAAAUAAUAUAAAUAUAUAUAUAUAUAUCUCCAUCCUAGUAAGUUAACAUGAUCAGUAGCUUAUAGACAUGUAGACAUAGUAGUCCAAUAAUAAUUGUCAGUGCUCUUUUUUUCCAAUUGUUGUGAAAUACACAUAGCAGACUCUACCACAUUAAUCAUUUUGAAGUGUAUCCAUGGUUCACAUUGUGCAACUCAGUGCUGUUUUGAGUAGAGAAUGGUGUUUUUCUAUGAAUCUGGGUUUUCUUGUCCAACUUAUUAGCCUGCUCUGUGUAGUUUCCCCCUUCUCACAAAGGAUCUCAAUUCUUUUUUUAAAUUUUUUUAUCGAAGUAGAGUUGCUGUACAAUAUUAUAUGUUACAGGUGUACAAUAUAGUUAUUCAUAAUUUUUAAAUGUUACACUCCAUUUUUGUUAUUUUAAAAUAGGAUAUCAAUUCUGAUGCAGAUUAAGUGGGAGAGGAAACUUCCAUUAUUCAUUUAAUUUAGUAGAUUGCAAAUUGAUUUUAAUGAAUAUUAAUCUCUUUUUAUAGGCCUGUGUGUGCAUAAAAGUGGGGUUUUUUUUGAAACUAAAGAAGAUAAUGAAAUUUACCUGUUUAGUAUGAAAUCUUUGUCUUUUGCUAUGUGUAUGGUCAAUUCUGAGUCAUUCUUGAAACUUGCAUACACAGAUUUCAUUUUCAGCUGAAAUAAGAUUGUUUUGGUCACUGUUUUUAAGCUCAAAGAAAAAGCUUGCUCAUACAAGUAAGAAGUUGGAAAGUAGAGUAAAUGUUUAUUACUUUCACGUGAAUGGCAGGGUGCUCUUUCACAAAAAUCCAGAAGUUGUAGAAGAGCAGAUCAGUAAAUUUCAUCUUAUGUUUAUAAUCAUAGUCUUAGAAACUCUCCCUCUUCUCUCAAAGUCAGGUGCGCAGGUUGAGAAGCAGAUUCAGAGAAAGGAGCCCUCAUUUGGUCAUUUACUUGUUAAAGGGGAGGGAAAAUAUGGUUCAGUUUUGUUCUGGAUUCCCCCCAGGUGGUUUGGUCUCAACUUGAGACUUCCUCACUCUCAAGUGCAAGCAGCAGUAGAAACAUUUUAAGAUUUCUUUUUGCCGUAUGUUUUUUCCAAAGAUUCAGUUUCCAUUUAAAACCAAGAAUCUUGUCACUUGAAAUCAAGAUAUUUUCUCCAGGCCCUAGUAUACCCACAGUUCACUUUUCAGCUCAAACAUCCUGUUAAGAACCGAAAUCAAUAUUAGUUUCUCUUACUGUGUAACAAAUUACCCCCAAACUUAGUGACUUAAUGUAAUAAACAUUAUCUUGAAUAAUUUCCAUAAGUCAGAAAUUCAGGAGCAACUUAGCUAGUUGGUUCUGGCUCUGGGUUUCAUGACAUAGCAGUCAUGAUGUAGAUGGAGGCUGCCAUCAUCUAAAGGCACGACUGGGGUUGGAGGAUUAAUUUCUGAGGUGGCUAACUCACAUGACUAGCAAACUAAUGCUCUCUUGUCAAGAGGACUCAGUUCCAUGUUCUUGGGUAUACUGGCCUUUGAUAAGUUUAAUCAUUCUUAUAUCAUCAUCCAGAAUUUUCUUCAUUUCAGCUCCAGAAGUUUUCUGACACCAGCACCUCCUUAGGAGGAAAGCAGUGUGUUGUGAAUACAUCAGAAUUUUCCCUUUUAUGAAAGUGAACCAUCUCGGAACAAUGCUGAAAUCACUGAUGGGGCACCAUCAGUGCAGCUGCCAACACAUUUCUUCCAAGAUGUACCUUUUGCUUCCAAUAUGAAGACAAGACAGUAAAUGUAUCUUGGCCUUUGCUUGUUUUGGGCAGCAUUUUAUAGAAGAAAAAUUUCACCACAAUUUACAUAUCUUACAAGUGCUAUCAUGUGACGUUUGUUGUUGAAAUCUAUUGAUCCAUCAGUCUGGAUAAAAGUUUUUUGGUUUAUUAUAUAAAAUCUCUUUAGCGUCAUGUGACUUGUCAUCAAUUACAUGAAUUUAUCAAACUUUGAGAGUGAAACCUUUUUAGUUUCUCAAAUAAUAUCUUAUCCUGACAUUUUACUCUCUCUAAGUUUACAUACUAGAAUUGUGAGGGUCUUCCCAACUCUGGGGCUUUUUUUCCUUUUUUAGUCAAAAAGUUCUGCCACUUAAUAACGUGACUUUUUUUAAACAAGUUUUUUACUCUGGGAUUCCAAAGGCCAUUUGAAAUUAUUUGCUUCCUUUCUGUGAUUUAUGUGUCUUUUCAAUUUUGCUGGAGCCAUUGCUGCACUUAUUUGUAAGUUGUGAUUCUUUAUCACUAUCAGAAUUAAUUAGGCCUAGAGUUCUCUUUCAUCUCCCACUUCGUCUUCAAAAAUCACCACAUUGAACUCUUAAGUCAUGUUUGUAAAACAGGUGUUAAUAAACUGUAAAACAAGCAAACUAAACAAGGAAAUCACAAAAGAAAAAUGAAAUCUUUAUAAUACACUUUUAACAUACAAGCUCCAGCCAUACAAUACAUUUGAUUGACAUGACUCUUAAGUCCCUUAUUCUUUACCAGUUAUCUCUCCCUAUUUUCUUUCAUGGCAUCUAUUGUUGAAGGAACUGAGUUUUUUAUCUUGUAGAUUUCCCAUCUUCUUGGUCAUAUAAACCAUAUUUUUCUGUUCUCUGUGUUUGCUGUAAACUGGUAAUUGCCUGGUAGUGAGAUAUGGAGACUCGAUUAUGUUCAGGUUCAAUUUUUUGUUUCAAGAACACUUCUCACAGCAUCACACAAGGAGGCACAUGACAUCUGGUUGUUUCUCUUUUGGUAAUGUUAAGAUUGAUCAGUGGGAUCAGUAUAUCACCCUGAUCCAUCUGUGAGAAAGUUCCCUGCCCACUUCUCGCCUGAUGGAUUUAGCAGCUAUCAGUGAUCCUCACCUAGAUUCAUCUAUUCAUGAGGAAUUGCAAAAUGGUGACAUGCUAAUUUUAUCAUUCCUUCAGCAAUUAUUAGCUGAAAUAAAGAACUUUCCUUCAUUAUUUUUAAUAUUUAUUUUUACCUAAAUCCUUUGUUAUCAUCAUCCUUUUUAAUGCUUAAAUUGUUUCUUUGGCUUGUGAGAGCCCCUUCAAGUUUGGUCCUAUGUCUGUUAAUACCACUCACUAGCCUCUGAUAGCUUCCUUGCUCUCUGACACCAGAUGUAUCUGACAUAUCUUCUACAUUUCCUACCCCAACUCUUUCUUCAAGGAGCCCUUGUUUCUUUUAGUAGGAAAGGGUAUGGAAAGAACGCAGUCUGGCACUAAGGGGUGCUCAUUGCUUUCGGAUUAUCCUGACUUUGCCUUAUUGGACAGAGACAGGAGGUACAUAUUUUUAGAAAGAAAAAAAAAAUAUGAUUUGUACUGAUAUGUCCAAAGUUAAGACUACAGGGUUUUUGCUUCUUUUGAAUUUAAACGUGUGCCUCUCCUACCCUGAAAUUAUGACAUUAACAUAAUUACUUAUUUACUUGAGCCUAUAUACAUAUGUAUGUGUGUAUGCAUAAAAAGUUGUCAAAUAAGUAUCAUUGUUAUUAUUAACAGACUACUGAAUCCUAUUUAAGAUUUUGUUCGUAUCAUUUUGCUGAUAUUUUGUUUAGGACUUUUGCACCUAUAGUCAUAAAUGAGGUUGGUCUCUCUUUCUUUUUAUUGUGCUCUACAAACUGGUUAUGUAGAUUCUGACUACAGAGAACUGUGUGGAUGAUUGUGUAGGAGAAGGUGGGGUGGGAUGUGAGGCCUUGGGAGAUUGCCUUUACUUUUUUUUUUUUAAUUUUAUUUAUUUAUUUAUUUAAUUGGCUGUGUUGGGUCUUUUUUGCUGUGCGCAGGCUUUCUUUUAGUUGUGGUGAGUGGGGGCUACUCUUCAUUGUGGCCUGCAGACUCCUCUUUGCCGUGGCGUCUCUUGUUGCAGGAGCACGGGCUCUAGGCGCGUGGGCUUCAGUAGUUGUAGCACAUGGGCUCAAUAGUUGUGGCUCACGGGCUCUAAAGCGCAGGCUCAAUAGUUGUGGCGCACGGGCUUAGUUGCCCCACAGAAGGAGCAGGGAUGGAACCCGUGUCCCCUGCAUUGGCAGGCAGAUUCUUAACCACUGCGCCACCUAGGAAGCCCUAUAGCUUGCUUUUUAAGUGCAGAGAUUCCCUAAACCCCAUGAAGUUGUACCUGGAAUGGUUCUCUGCUUCUCUUGCCACAGUGUUCACACCAGGGGCACUAGGUUAGAACAUGUACUGCAGGGAGCCUUUUGUAGGGUUUAUCCUGGAGCAAAUGCUGAAGUAGGUUUCCCGAAGAAUGGGGAACUGGCUUAACUGUUUUGCUCUUUAUUUAAUUGAUCACCUAGUCUAUCACUUCUCCCAGAUACUGCUGUUUUUAUUUACUUUGUAGUCUCCCUUAUUCUGGAUACAAUUGUCACUUGUAUCAGUUUAGCAUUUCUUAAAACUCCUUUAAAUUUUGCAGUUAAUCUCUUCCUCUCUGUUUUAUGUCUUCCAGUAAAUCUUCACUGUUUGUAUUCUGUUGAUGGACUCCCUCUUCAUUUUCCAAUGGUGCAAUGGAAUUAUUUUUAUUUUUAUAUUUAUUUUCACUGAGAUGUUGGAAGGAAAGAGAUAUAAACUAUAUAGAAUAUCAGACAUUGUGAGCUAUUAAUUACAUUUUCUAUUUGCUAAUUGCUGACAAAUAGGAAAAGUCAUUUUCUUAUGUUGAUUUUGUAUCCAGUGGCUUUAAUAAACUUUGACUUUAGGUCUGAUAGUUUCAGUUCAUUUUACCUAAGUAAACAAUCAUUUCAUCUAUAAAUAAUGGCAAUUUUGUCUCUUCCACCCCAAUAUUUAUAAAUUUUUUCGUGUUUAUUGCCUCCAAUAAUAACAAUAAUAUUGAAAUAUAGCAUCCUUGCUUUUCCCAACUCUAGUGGGUUUGGCUCUAGUGUUUCACCAGUGUAUAUGGUGUUUACUGUUGGUUUCUACCCUUUAUAAGGUUAAUGACCUUUGCUCUAUUCCUAGAUUGCUCACUUUUUUUAAAACUAAGAAGUGGUAUUAAACUCAUAUCGAAUACCUUUUCUGUUUCUUGUGAUAUACAGAUUCUCUUAUUUAAUCUAUGAUUUUAAUUAAAGAUUCUAAUAUACUGAAUCACACUAAUAGAUAUCCUAAUGUUGAACACUCCUGUAUUUCCCACUUGGUCCCCACUUGGUCAUGAUAUGUUAUUCUUUUACUAUAUUGUGGUUUAUGGUAUAUGGGUUGCUAACAUUUACUUAGGAUUAUUGCAUGGAUAUUAAUUAAGAUUAGCUUAUAGAUUUCUUUCAGAGGCUUAUAUCCAGUUUUGGAUGAGUAUAUUAGAGUAUGGCUAAUAAGUUGGAGAGCUUUUUAUCUUUUUUUGUAUUCUGGAAAAAGUUUAAAUAACAGAAUGAUCUUUCUUAAGAGUUGGUAAAACUUAGUAUCUUUGGGGGUUUAAAAUCUUAACUUUUCCAUUUCUUCUUAGCUAUUAAUUUAUUUGAAUUUUCUGUCUCUUCCUGAGUCAAUUCCAAUAAUUCUAUUUUCUUUGAAAUUUUCUUCCAGAUCUUCAGAUGAUUUGAUGAAUUGCACAGAUUGUAUCACUUAGGGUUCCACUGACAAGCCACCAAACCAAUUCUGGCUAACUUUAGUAAAAGAAAAUUCAUUUGGAAAAUAAUAGGACGUUCACAGUACUGGCAGGUGACUAAGCACCUAGGCUUAAGAACUAAGAAUACUUAACAAGGCCAAAAGGAAUCAUAAGAAGCUUAUCUUAUAGCUGAAACAGUCUGACCGGAGCUGAUUCCUGAUAAGUAUCUUGCACCCCAAACUCUGUCUCACAUCUGCUUCAAGGAGAAUCCAAACUGUGACAGCAUUUCUGCUUAGAGAAAAUAAUUUGAUCAAGCAGAGCGAGCUUUGACCGCGCAACAGGCCAUGAAUCAGAGAUGAGGUGUUGAGUUACCGUAAAACUCUGGAAUUUUGCCAAAUUCUUCACGAGUUCAAAAGUACAAAGCUCUUUAGGAGGCUUGCUCUUUUUAAAUAUUUUUUCAGAGGUUAAAAAUUAAAUUUCAAAAGACUAUCUGGGGUGCAGAAGAGUCCAUGGUGAGACACAGACCCUGAUUGUCUCCAACAUGAAGCUUGCUCGUGCUAUUCUGUUACUUUUGUGCUUCUACCUAAGUUUUUGUGAGGCUUAUCGUGAAAAACCAAAAAAGACAACAGUGUGGAGGAAUUCAGAGCCCACUUCAACAUCAGACACAUCUCAAAAGGAUCUCGUGGACAAAAAGUGCUUAACUGAAAAAUACACACAUCUCUCCUGCAAUAAAGUCUUCUGCCUACCAUGGCAGAAAUGCAUCGACAGGACCUGUGUUUGCAAACUUCCUUAUCAGUGCCCAAAGAAUGGUACCAGGGUGUGUUCAAUUAACGGGAGAAGCUACCCAACUUACUGUCAGCAAAAGAGUUUUGAAUGUCUUCGUCCACAGGCAAAGUUUUUAAAAAGGGGACCAUGCACAGGUGAAGAACAAUUUAGUGUUUUCUUAGAGAAUGGAGGAGGAGAUUCAGAAGGCAUUCUUGGAGUAAAGCUUGUAGACCAAGAUGAAAAAAUGUUUGUAUGUGGAAAAGGCUGGAGCAUUACACAGGCCAGCGUGGCCUGCCUUGACCUUGGAUUUCAACUAGGUGCUCUUGAUAUUCAGAGAAGAGAUCCUCAUAUAAAUUCCACUGAAUGUCUACAUGUACACUGUCAAGGAUUUGAGACCAGUAUGGCUGAAUGUACUUUUACUAAGGGAAUAAUGAGCGAUUCCGAGGGGUUGGCUGGUGUGGUGUGUUACACAGAGAGCUCAGUUUCUCCAACAGAUGACUCUUUUCAGUGUGUGAAUGGAAAACACAUUCCUCAGAAGAAGGCUUGUGAUGGUGUCAAUGAUUGUGGAGACCAGAGUGAUGAGCUGUGCUGUAAAGGGUGCCAAGGUGAAAGUUUUUUCUGUAAAUCGGGUGUUUGUAUUCCAAAGCAGUAUAAGUGCAAUGGUGAGGUGGACUGCAUUACAGGAGACGAUGAAAUUGGUUGUGAAGGAACUGGAAAUCCUGAAAUUAAAGACACUUUACACAUGGCUCAAGAAGAAACAGAGGUGUUGACUGCUGAUAUGGAUGCAGAAAGAAAAUGGAUAAAGUCGUUUUUCCCUAAACUAUCCUGUGGAGUUAAAGACAACACCCACAUUCGAAGGAAACGAGUCGUAGGAGGAACACCGGCAAAAAUGGGAGACUUCCCAUGGCAGGUGGCAAUUAAGGAAGGUGAGAAAAUCAACUGCGGAGGAAUUUAUAUCGGUGGCUGUUGGAUUCUGACUGCUGCACAUUGUGUCAGAGUCAGCAAAAUGCGCCGUUACCAAAUAUGGACAUCAUUUACAAACUUGAUAAAACCUGACUCUCAGAUAGUUGUUCAGUACAUAAAUCGAAUUAUUAUCCAUGAAAAGUACAAUGGAGGCACCUACCAAAAUGAUAUAGCUUUGAUUGAAAUGAAGAAACACGCAAACCGAAAAGAAUGUGUGUUGCCUCAUUCUGUCCCUGCCUGUGUUCCCUGGUCUUCAUAUCUAUUUCAACCUAAGGACAAAUGCAUCGUUUCUGGCUGGGGUAGAGAAAAAGAUAACCAGAAAGUCUAUUCACUUAAGUGGGGUGAAGUUCACCUGGUAGAAAACUGCUCUAAGUUCUACCCAGAUCGCUACUUUGAAAAAGAAAUGGUGUGUGCAGGUACAGAUGAUGGUUCUAUUGAUGCCUGUAAAGGGGACUCUGGAGGCCCCUUAAUCUGUCAGGACGCCAACAAUGUGACUUAUGUUUGGGGUGUUGUGAGUUGGGGUGAAAACUGCGGACAAUCAGAGUUCCCAGGCGUUUACACCAGAGUGGCCAAUUAUUUUGACUGGAUUAGUCUUCACGUAGGAAGGUCUCUUAUUUCUCAGCACAACAUAUAAAACUGUGAUCUCUCUCUUCUUUCUACUCUUUUUCUCUCAGGACUCACAUUUUAAUUGAAAUGAUACUGCAUGAUUAGUACUUCUUCAAGGAAAAAAAAUAAAGGCAAUCUUAUUGAAUAUUUUUUAAAGGUCUCUACAAAAUUUAUGCCAUUUUGGAAUUCUGUACAAUUCUCAAAUAAAUAUUC